GCGCGGCCCGGGCCCGGCGGCGGCGAAAUGGCGGCGUUGCGGGGCCCGGGCGGGCCGUGGGUGCUGUGCCUGUGCCUGUGCGCGGCGCUGCUGCCGCGGCCGGCGCGGGGCCUCACCGACGGGCUCUACUGCGGCCGCCGCGUCUGCUACGAGGUGCUGGGCGUCAGCCGGCAGGCCAGCAAGGCGGAGAUCGCCCGCGCCUACCGGCAGCUGGCCCGGCAGUACCACCCCGACCGGUACCGCGGGGAGCCCGCGGGCGGCGGGGCCGGCGGCGCGCAGGAGGCACACGAGAAGUUCCUGCUCAUCGCCACCGCCUACGAGACCCUCAAGGAUGAAGAAACACGUAAAGAUUAUGACUACAUGCUGGAUCAUCCUGAAGAGUAUUACAGGCAUUAUUACCACUACUACAGCAGGAGAUUGGCACCUAAAGUGGAUGUCAGAAUAGUGAUCCUAGUUACCGUGUGUGCCAUCUCUGUGUUUCAGUUCUUCAGCUGGUGGAGUAGUUACAAUGAAGCUAUCAACUACUUAGCUACUGUACCAAAAUACCGUAUACAAGCCACUGAGAUUGCUAGACAACAAGGUUUACUCAACAAGACUAAAGAAAAAGGAAAGAACAGGCGAUCUAAAGAAGAAAUUCGUGAAGAAGAGGAAGAAAUUAUCAAAGACAUUAUUAAAAAUAAAAUAGAUAUAAAGGGUGGUUAUCAGAAGCCCAAGAUAUAUGAUAUCCUUCUAUUUCAGAUCCUUCUUGCUCCUUUUUAUUUGUGCAAAUAUGUGGUUUGGUACUGUUGGUGGAUUUAUUGUUUCACUAUUAAAGGGCAAGAGUAUGGUGUGGAAGAGAAGCUGUAUAUCAUACGAAGGUACAUGAAAAUGUCUCAGUCUCAGUUUGACAGCUUAGAAGAUCAUCAAAAGGAGACCUUUCUUGAACGGCAGCUGUGGAUACGAGAAAACUACGAGGUCUAUAAACGAGAACAAGAGGAGGAGUUAAAGAAGAAGAUGGCCAUGGAUCCCCGAUGGAAGCGAUAUCGGCGGUGGAUGAAAAAUGAAGGACCUGGAAGGCUGACUUUUAUUGAUGAUUAAAAGUUGACAAACAAAAUGUGUGCUAAUGUUGAAAGUGAUUUGCAAAACUUUUCAUUACGUUGUUCAGAGUUUUGUCUGCUGUGACUUAGCAGUGAUCUAAAACUCAGGAAUUUUAAAUCAGGCUGAAGCAUAAUACAGGUUUACCAUUUUUAUAAAUCAGACCUAUUAAACAGGCUCAGCUCAAUGUAUAUAUGCCAUUUACUUGGGGAUCUCAGUAUGGAAUUCAUUAUUCCAAACAAUGUAUUUUUGCUAGAUAUUUCACAUUCAUCAUCAGUGGAACCAUAACUCUAGUUUUUCUGAAAAUGUUCCUAGUUCAAACUUUGAAAGUCCUGUUUUUCCUCUUUAAAUUGAAGGGUUCCUGCAAAUGGACUCUGGAAAUUCAUAAAAAGGAUUUCAAAGCAAGAACCACUUUCUGUUUUCCUCUCUUUUCUCCUACUUUUCAAUCUAAUUUCUAAGAUGCCAAAUUGUUGGUUUUUUUGAUGUAAACAAUAUGGGGAUUAUACCAGACUACUGCUAUUCCUGGUCCAGUUGGAAAUGGAUUUUAUUUUUUGUGGGAAUAAAUGAUGCAUGAUUGAUCAUCAUUGUGAUGCAAACAAGCCUUAAGUCUUUGUUCUACAGAGUAAUUCAUGAAAUAGUAUGUUUAGAUAUUUUGUGUUCGUUUUUUCAUCUUGUACAUUGAAUUAUACCUGCUUGUUCAGAACAAGUAUACCAGUGAAUAUUAGUCUACUAAAUGUGACAUUUCUUUCACCAAAGUAUUGGUUAAAGGGAAAAAUGAGCCUUUUAUUAAAAAGGGCAAUUUUGAUGCCUUAAGUAAAUAAAAAUUUAUAUAUACACACUGAAUUUGUUUUAAAUUCUAAAUCUAAAGUAUUCAAUGUGUUUAUCUCUUCUGAUCAGACCUCGGAGUACUUAGAAUAAAUGAUGCAUAACAGCAGACUGGUUUCCUCUGUAACUCAGCCCAGGUCAGAGAGUUUCCAUGAUUUGCUGGUAAAAGGGAUUCUGUUACCUUAUUUCUCCUCACUAAUUUUACUGGGGAAGGGCAGAUGGGAGCAUAGUCUUUCGCUUGUCAUUUAUGACACCUGUAAAAGCAAGUUCCUCUGAAGGGAACUGCUGAAGAUGGUGUGUGAUUAGCUGCCUUCUGUGCAGAUUGGUUCUGGGAGCACAGCUUUUGAACGUGCUGCUCCUGACAAAGCCCAUAGUAGCUAAACAUUUUAAAAUGCAGAUUAAUUUUUGAAGCAAGAAGUUUCUGAUUCUGCAAAUGGGACCUGUCCUCAUUCUUUGCAGAAGAGUCUUCUUUAUGCUUCUUUUGCUAGUUUACCUUUCACACACUUCUGGAAUGUUUGUCUCAGUUUUCUGUUUAAAAUAACACAUGUUCAAAAGCAUGAUAGAAGCAUUAUGCUAAGUCUCUGUAUGCAGUAGUAAAACUGAAGAGGAAUUGCUAGAUUUUCCCUUCUCUGUGGACUGUGUAGCAAUAAACUUAAUUCACUUUGUAUUCAAUUGUCAAUUUAAAUCUAAAAGUUGUAAAAGAAACUAUAUAGAAUAAGCUGUGCUUGCUUUCAUGGAAUAAUCUUGGGGGCACUGCAAAGAUGCUUAUGAAGUGAGAGACUGCAGCUUGGGUUUAUUGCUGCUUCAUCCCCCCAAAACACAGUCUCCUGUAAGAGUGGAAGGGGGAAGAUUAGGUUGCUGUGGUAGAAGCAAAGAAUGAAGCACAAAUAAAAUGGUAAAAGAAUGAGGCAGGUGUAUGCAAGAGGAUCUAAUCCUGUGGCCUCAGUUUCACAGGGUAACAGCUCUGCAGCUGCUCCUGACCUUGUGCCUCAUUUUGCUCUGCCCUUUCCCAAGUAUCUGGGUUUUGCAAAUAUGCAGUAAAAACACAGAUCUAUUUUCCCUUUUUGCCUUCCUUGUAACCAUGAUUAAUUUCUUGACCUGCCACUACAGUGGGAAAUCAGUGCAGUGGAGGUACAGUCUUUUCAGAGGACAGACUGUAUCUUUUGGCAGCAAUGGUGUUUCAUCUCUGUAACACUGUGGCCUGACACCAAGUGAGUGAAGAAGUCAUCCGGUAUCCUACAACCUUCUAGAAAGGAGCUAGCUAAGCUGGGAGUUCCCUCUUUGCUCAACAUAUGAGCCCUUUAAAAAUAACCAGAUGCAGACAUCAAUUAAUGGAAUGCACAAAAAUUUGCUGGGCAGCAACACUGCAGUCACAACUUUGUGAUGAAGGGUAGAAAAAACUCAUGUGUCUUUAGAAAGCUGUCAGCACUGCAGCGACACCUCGUUAGCUGAGGCUACUGAGCAUUUCUAGCCUAACAUGUCAUUGGAGUUCUAAAUGGUGUCUUUUUUCGGGGCAUAAAUUUUCAGAGAGUGAUGAGAGUUACAAUACUAUGCCCAGUAUAGCCAGUGUAGAUUCAACUGACUUUAGAGAGAGGCAUGUGCAUGAAUAAGUAUUGCUGGUACAAGGUAAUGGUAAGAUUAUAAUGGGGAAAAGUGUGACAAGAUAAUAGGACCUUGGAGAAGAUUCAGCAUGAGUCCUUUCCAUGACCAUACUGAGGCUUUGAGGCACAAGAAUGUGUGUGGCUGGUUGUCCCUAUGGAAUCAGAAUCAUUAAGAUUGGAAAAGCCUGAUAGGAUCAUCAGGUCCAACCAUCAAAGCAGCACCAGCACCAUGUUCAGCACUAAACCAUGUCGUCAAGUGCCGUAUUCACAGGUUUUUUGGAUGCUCCCAGGGAUGGUGCCUCCACCACUUCCCUGGGCAGACUAUUCCAAUGCUUUACAACCCUUUUCAUGAAGAAAUUUUUCCUAAUAUCUAAACUAUACCUCCCCUGGUACAGCCUGAGAUAAUUUCUUCUUUUGUUACAUGGGAAAAGAGACCAAUUCCCCACCUCAAUACCUUCCAGGCAGUUGUAGAGAGGGAUAAGAUCUCCACUGAGCCCCUUUUCUCCAAGGUAAACAACUCCAGCUGCCUCAGCCACUCCUCACAGGACUUGUGCUCCGGACCCUUCACCAGAUUUGUUGCCCUUCUCUGGACACGCUCCAGUGAUAUGUUCAAACAGACUUCUUUGAAUCUUUAAGCAGAAUUCUCCGUUCCUUCCUUUGAUCUCUGUUGCAGAUGGAAGCUGAUGGUAUCUUUCUCACCUUUAACCCUUCUUUUGAAUACAAAUAGAUGUUAUCAGGUGUGUUUAACAGGUGUUGCUUAAUGCUUAUGGAAAGCUUUUGUGUUUUAUGUCCUGCUUGGCAAUUGUUUAAGCCGGAGCUGCAGAUCACAUCCUAAUUGGCACUCAACAUAGGGCUCUGCCUGUCCUGAUCUGAACUUCACUGGAAACUGAGUAGGGGGCACCUCCCCAAAAGACCAUCAGAGAUCACGAGAGACAGGCCCAUACAGGCUGUAACAAGUAUUGCAUAAGAUUGCCAGGCUCAAAGACUAUGCAUUAGGCAGAUGUUUACUAUGUAUUAGAUAGGUCGGUUUUUGUAAACUUUAGUGUGUACAUUUCCUUGCUUUUUACCCUUUUGUGUGCUUGAUUUGUGGAAAAACUUCCACUUUGCACCCCGUGCAAAAUAAACAAUGUCUCCUUUCUAA